GUCUUCUCUCUCUCUCUCUCCAAACAUUAAAUCUUUCUCUAUAUUGAUACAAAACACAAAACAAUAAAGAGAUGGAACAUACAAAUCUACCAGUAGCAGCCAAAAGGUUAUGGCACAUAGUACGUGUGUUGUACUUCAUGGUAAGGAAGGGCAUAUCAAAACGAAAAUUGAUGGUUGAUCUCAACAUGAUGAUGAAACGUGGCAAGAUAGAAGGGAAAGCCAUACACAACCUCAUGUUCCACCACAACCACUAUUCCUCCACCUUCAACCGCCAAUCACACGACCGACACCUGUCCUUCUCCGCCCCACACGAAUACGAGUUCAGCUGCAGCAACAGUCCAGCAGUCUUCCCCUUCAACCUCAGCAAGCAGUGCAAACACCACAAGCACUCUCAUUUCUUCCCUUGCACUCACGCGCCACCCACCGACGACGACAUAUUGACCGUUGACGCAAGUCCGAUGAUGGUGCAUGACAUGUUGUAUAGUGAAUUGUCGUCGCCGGCAUUGCCGGGGUUUGGACGGAGCCCAAUGGUGAGGCAGCUGAGGAUAACGGACUCACCGUUUCCGUUACGGGACGUUGACAGGGAUAGCCACGUAGACGAAGCUGCUGGGGAGUUCAUAGCGAAGUUCUAUAAUGAUUUGAGGAAACAAAACACAGUGGCUCUACGUUGA